ACAUUAUAUUGCAAACUCCAUAAAGUAUUCUUUCCCAACUUCAUUCUUUUAUCUUACAUGUUCCAAACAACAAACUCCUCCCAUGUUUCCAAACAACCCUUCUGUUUCAUCAUCCAUUAAUUCUCUUUCUCCUUCUCAUAUGGUCGAUCUCUGUGCUCACUCUCUUCUGUUCAAACUAAUUUACGUUACUAGUUACGAGCAACUUUAAGCAAAUAAACAAAGAAUGUUACGCUACGAAUGGAACAACAAUCAUUCUUCCCCUCCUCCUAACCUAAUUCUCUCCGAUAUCGACCUCCACCACCAUCAUAAUCACAAUCAUAAUAGUUAUAAUCAUAACCAUGAUUUCUCCACUCCUCCUUCCUCACACCGUCCGAUGUUCGACGACUCAUUUUCGAUGCCCUGUACCUUCCCACAGGAUAACAAUCCCCAACAAGUCCCACUAUUUUCCGACCCACGCGCUUUCCCUACAGCUGCCUCUUCCUCCUUACUCACCCUCGAGUCUCUCUCCUCUGUCAUGCAUAUCCCUAAGGCUGAACCCGAUAUUUUUACCAACCGUCCUAUCGGUUUAAACUUAGGCCGCCGCACUUACUUCUCUGCCGAUGACGACCUCAUCAGCCGGCUCUACCGCCGUUCCAGGGCGGUUGAGCCUGCGUUGCACACCCCGAAAUGUCAAGUUGAAGGUUGCAAUGCUGACCUCAGCAAUGCUAAGCACUACCACCGCCGUCAUAAGGUGUGUGAGUUUCACUCCAAAGCUUCCACCGUCAUCGCCGCCGGUUUGACUCAGCGAUUCUGCCAGCAGUGUAGCCGGUUUCAUUUGCUGUCGGAAUUUGAUAAUGGAAAGAGGAGUUGCCGGAAAAGAUUGGCUGAUCACAACCGUCGACGUCGAAAAUCGAACAAUCAACGGACAUUGCCUACUGUGCUUUCCAUGUCACCUGGGGAAAAUGCUCAAACUUCUCCCUCCCAAAACACUUUAAGGUCUCCUUCGGACUCAGGGAUGAACUCAUCAUCAUCGGUGACAAUUGCGGUAUCUCCACCAAGAGUAUCAUUUGAUUCCAGUUUCAUGCAAAGAUCGUACGAAUAGCUAGCUCUAUCGAAGUAAUGGCCGGCAAUUGAUCAGGAAAUCGAACUUCAAUCUGUGGUUCAAGAUUAGUGGUACUAUUUAAAUUAAUAAGCUAAUGUACGUAGUUAGCUUUGAUUUCAUUAUAAAUGAAUAAUUAGCUAGAUUAAUCGAUCUCUAUCGUUUGAAUGUGUAAUAUAACCCAAUUCAUCUUGUUAAGUUGUGGUAGAAUGAAGACCCACAAUCCCAAUGUGCCUUCUUUUGUUGUAAGCAUUGAAAUUACCUUUCAUUCAGUGUAAAACUGUAAACUGGUGGUAGAACCGUACAAGGGACUAGUGUGUAGUCGGUUUCUCUAAACCGUGUAUGUAUGUUAGCAACGACAAAAUUAGUAAUUCAAAAAAUAAAUAAAUUGUAAUUUCAGCUUCA